AUGGACGCUCCGACAACUAUCUCAGCCUCGGAGCUGGAUCUUUUCCUCUCACAACCAGAUUUUCGCGAGGCAAUAGCAGCUAUUCUCGGAAAAAAUAAAAAAAUACAAAAGGAUAAAGUAGCAAGCAAAGUCUUGGAAGAAGGUGAAAUUUUGGCAGACCAAAUCGAGAAAUCAACGACAGAGUUUCGAGUCGGAUCGCUACCAGUGACUCUCCGUCAAGAUCCGCUUUCGCCGGAUAAAUCGGCCAACCCGCCGAUGCCAGAUCCUCUGCUAACCAAUGGCGGCGUUGACUUUGGAUCGCAGCUCCAUGGCCAAGUGGAUGGAGCGUCUGAUUCCCCUCAGCUCACAUGUCACGCGUACGGGCCGGACCUUGCCAGGUUAGAAUCGGGCCUAUCCUAUUUUGGGCCUCUUAACAGCCCACAAACUACAUUAAAUCAAAGGCCCAACUUUCAUCAGCCUGGGCCCGCCCUCUUAAACUCACAUUCCUUUAAUCAACAAUUUGGGCCAUCCCCUACUUUAGCCCAACAUGCUCUCCAUUCUCAACCCAUUCCGUCAAUUCACCACUCCCAACCCAAUUCCCAGCCCGCUACAAAAUUUAAGCAGCAAGAUUCAGUUCAACCAAUUCCUUCCCCGACUAACAACCAUGAAGAAAACGCCAACCUCGAUUCCAGAGAAUCCAUCAGACUUGUACAGGAAGAGGGCGUGGCAAUUGUGGGACCAAUUACAUCAGCUGCGGACUGCACUCCCGUACAUACCCCCAUGACGGUCAAGGGCGGCUCGACCCCUGCGUGCGCCGUCUGCAAGUACCAGAGACGACGGUGCAGCCCCAAUUGCCCGCUGGCCCCUUACUUCCCGGCCAACCAGCCGAAGAUGUUCCAGAACGUUCACCGUCUCUUCGGGGUGUCCAACAUAACCAAAAUACUCGAGAGCCUCGACGACCCGAUACACAAGGACGACGCCAUGAAAUCCAUCAUUUUCGAGGCCGAGAUGCGGCACAAUUUCCCCGUCCAGGGCUGCUGCGUCAUAUUGUCGCAGCUGCGUUUUCAGUUACAGUGCGCUCUCGAGGAGCUCCAUCAUCUGAAUUCGAAGAUAGCCGAUUGUAAGGAACAGUUGAGUAGUAAUAGUAAUAAUAAUAGCAACUAUCAUCAUCAGUCGAUGAUGAGUUUCGAUUGUGGACCUUCGGAUAUGUGCCGGAGCUUCCAAAUUCAACCGAUGGAGAAUUACGAAAUUGGCCCUAGCGGGUUUGUUCCUGAUGAAAUAUAUGAUUGUAACGGCACGAGCACAGUUCAGUCGAUACAAGCACAAAUGGAUGCUUUUGGGAUCCAACAAGAUCAGAAAAACAAUGUUUAUUAUCCAGAUUUUGAAGGAAUGGUUGAUCGAGAUUGUUGGACGAAGACCCAAUUCGAAUCAAGGGCGAAUUGCAUUGUUGGCAUGUCAUCAGAAUCAUCUAAAAGAGAAACAAAAGCAGCACAGAACAUAUGUGAGAGCGAGUUAAAGACAGCUGCGGCAGGGCUCACUCUUACUAUGAACCGGACUUCGAAUUCAUGA